GGCCCCCGCGCGCGGGCCUCGCACCCCCAACCUGAACCCCAACCCCCUCAUCAAUGUGCGCGACCGGCUCUUCCACGCGCUCUUCUUCAAGAUGGCUGUCACCUACUCGCGGCUCUUCCCGCCCGCCUUCCGCCGGCUCUUCGAGUUCUUCGUUUUGCUCAAGGCGCUGUUCGUGCUCUUCGUCCUGGCCUACAUCCACAUCGCCUUCUCCCGCUCGCCCAUCAACUGCCUGGAGCACGUGCGUGACAGGUGGCCCCGAGAGGGCAUCCUGCGUGUGGAGGUCCAGCACAACUCCAGCCGCGCGCCCGUCUUCCUGCAGUUCUGUGACGCCGCCGCCGGCCGCGGGGCCUUCCCGGGCCUGUCGGCGGAGCCAGGUGGCCUGGAACUGGAGGAGGAGGAGGAAGAGGAGCUGACCGUGGAGAUGUUUGGGAACAGCUCCAUCCAGUUCGAGCUGGACAUUGAGCCCAAGGUGUUCAAGCCGCCGAGCAGCGCAGAGGCCCUGAACGAUAGCCAGGAAUUCCCCUUCCCCGAGACGCCCACCAAAGUGUGGCCGCAGGACGAGUACAUCGUGGAGUACUCGCUGGAGUAUGGGUUCCUGCGGCUGUCGCAGGCCACCAGGCAGCGCCUCAGCAUCCCGGUCAUGGUGGUCACCCUGGACCCCACCCGGGACCAGUGCUUCGGGGACCGCUUCAGCCGCCUGCUGCUGGACGAGUUCCUGGGCUACGACGACAUCCUCAUGUCCAGCGUGAAGGGCCUGGCAGAGAACGAGGAGAACAAGGGCUUCCUGCGGAACGUGGUGUCCGGCGAGCACUACCGCUUCGUCAGCAUGUGGAUGGCGCGCACGUCCUACCUGGCCGCCUUCGUCAUCAUGGUCAUCUUCACCCUGAGCGUGUCCAUGCUGCUCCGCUAUUCCCACCACCAGAUCUUCGUCUUCAUCGUGGACCUGCUGCAGAUGCUGGAGAUGAACAUGGCCAUCGCCUUCCCCGCAGCGCCCCUGCUGACCGUCAUCCUGGCCCUCGUCGGUUCUUCUACCUGUACCACUUUGCUUUCUACGCCUACCACUACCGCUUCAAUGGGCAGUACAGCAGCCUGGCCCUGGUCACCUCCUGGCUCUUCAUCCAGCACUCGAUGAUCUACUUCUUCCACCACUACGAGCUGCCCGCCAUCCUGCAGCAGGUGCGUAUCCAGGAGAUGCUGCUGCAGACGCCGCCCCUGGGCGGGACCCCCACGGCACUGCCUGACGACCUGAACAACAACUCGGGCACCCCGGGCCCCCCAGUGGUGAGCGAGGCUGGGUGGCAGAGACUGCGGCCGUCAUCACGGACGCCUCCUUCCUUUCUGGCCUGAGCGCCUCCCUCCUGGAGCGGAGGCCCGCUGGCCCCCUGAGCCCCAGCGGGGAUCUUGCCCGCCCACCCCAGGACACUGCACCCCAAGACGACCCCCCAGUGCCCGGCGAGGCCCCUGCAGUGGCGGAAGUGAGCGGGCCCAGCCCGGCGUCUCCGCCCCCAGUGGUCGCGCCCUCGGAAGCAGCAUCCUGAGCGCUGCUGGCUGCGCAUCCACCUGUUCCUGGCCGCUGUCGCCUCGCCAGCUUGCGUUGGGGAGGCUGUCCCUGGGGGCACGGGGCCUUCCCCUUCCUUGGGCACAGCCCUGCCGUUCUGGUCGGUGUGGGAGUUUUAUCAGGUCUGCUAGGAAGCCGGGUUUCCCCCAGGUGUGGGGCCUGGCCCCAGCUUGUCCUUGCCAGAGAGCUGAGGGGUGGGCUUCGUGGAAGGUUCUGGAAGGGCUUGGCGAAAGGUCUGGAGGCACCCUGCCCAGAGCCGGGCAGAGCCAUGGGGCGGUCUGCGCAAGGCGAGGGCGGAGCUGGGCGGGAGGUGCGGGGCAGCCGCCCGCCUGGUGCUCCGCGCCCCCGUGCGCAGUGCCUUUUUCCCCGCCUGCCCCGGCGCUCACGUCUUGCCCAGGGCUUGGGGUCUGGCCCUGCCCAGGGUGGGAGUGUGCCAGGCGGCCAAACCAACCACUCGGUGCGGAAUGCGGAGCGCGCUCAUUCCACUAUUUAAUUGCGGUGUACACAGUUGUGUGUGUAUAUAGAAUAAACUGUCGACAGCG